AUGGAUAAACUGUGUUUACGUUCAUAUAUAAAAACUUGUUGGUUAUUAGUUGCUCAUUGGAUUCAUCGAUUUUCAAGUGGACGGGAGUCGUUAGAAGAUGAUUCUCGAAAUGGCCGUCCAAUAGCCAUCAUUACUCAACAAAAUAUUGAUGCUGUUAAAGACCUGGUGCAAGAUGGCCCUCAUAUUAGUAUUGAUUAUAUUGCUGACAUCUUAGAUAUAUCACAUGGUAGUGUGUAUACCAUUCUCAAGGAACACCUAAAGUUAAAAAAAAUAUCGUCAAGAUGGGUACCUCAUAAACUCACUCCAGCACAACAACAACGACGUUUUGAAAUCUGUAUUGGAAAUUUACAUAAGUUUGAAAGUGGUGCAUGGAAAUUAGGUGAUAUAGUCACCGGUGAUGAAAGUUGGUUUUAUCACCGCAAAAUUAAAUCAAAACAAGAAUCUAAAGCAUGGGUAGCGAAAGGACAAAGUCCUCCAACAGAAGUGAGAAGACAACAAUUUGAAGAAAAAACGAUGUUCGUUAUUUUUUUUAUGACAACUGGACCAUUACUUAUUCAUCAGUUACCAUCCGGAACAUCAAUCAAUGCCAUAUAUUAUCGUGAUGAAUGUUUAAAAAGCUUAGUCCAAAAGUUACACAGAAAAAGACCAUCAUCAACAACAAAUGGCAUUAAGCUCCAUCAUGAUAAUGCAAGACCACAUAUGAAUGAUAUCGUUUUUAAUUAUCUUCAAGAAGAAAAAAUCAAUGUUAUGGCUCAUCCACCAUACUCACCAGACCUUGCUUCUUCAGACUUUUGGUUGUUCAGUUGUCUGAAACGUAGUCUUGAUACAUAUCCAGAUGCUACAAGUUUAGCUAAAGCAAUAGCCAAGGAGCUCAAUUCAAUACAUAUUCAAGGAUAUCAAAAGACAUUCUAG